AAGCGGGGGCGGCGGGGCCGGGGCCGGGAGCGGGGCAGAGCCCCGGGAUCGGGAUGCGGCCGCGGCCCGGGACGCCGCCUCGUUGCCUGGAGCGACACCAUGCACCCGGCCGUGGCGGUGGGGCUGGUGUUCGGCGGCUGCUGCAGCAAUGUGGUGUUCCUGGAGCUGCUGGCCAGGCAGUUCCCAGGCUGUGGGAACAUCGUCACCUUCUCCCAGUUCCUGUUCAUUGCUGUGGAAGGUUUCAUCUUCGAGGCCAACUUCGGCAGGAAGCGCCCGGCCAUCCCCAUCAGGAAUUAUUUCAUCAUGGUGGCCAUGUUCUUCACCGUCAGCGUGGUCAAUAACUACGCGCUGAACCUGAACAUCGCCAUGCCGCUGCACAUGAUCUUCCGCUCGGGUUCUCUCAUAGCAAGCAUGGCUCUAGGGAUCAUCAUCCUGAAGAAAAGGUACAGCGUGUCCAAGUACAGCUCCAUAGCCCUGGUGUCCCUGGGCAUCUUCACCUGCACCUUCAUGUCUGCAAAGCAAGUGGCGUCUGACUCCAGCUCAAAUGAAGAGGAUGGACCCCAGGCUUUCCUCUGGUGGCUGCUGGGCAUUGCUGCCCUCACCUUUGCCCUGCUGAUGUCUGCCAGGAUGGGCAUUUUCCAGGAGACUCUGUACAAGAGAUUUGGGAAGCACUCCAAGGAAGCUCUGUUCUACAACCACGCGUUGCCGCUCCCUGGGUUCCUGCUCCUGGCUCCCAACAUUUACCAGCACGCCGUGCUCUUCAGCCAGUCUGAGCUGUUCCAGGUGCCGGUGAUCGGCCUGACCCUGCCCAUCAUGUGGUUCUACCUCCUGAUGAACGUCAUCACCCAGUACGUCUGCAUCCGCGGCGUCUUCAUCCUGACCACGGAGUGCACGUCCCUGACGGUCACCCUGGUGGUGACGCUGCGCAAGUUCGUCAGCCUCAUCUUCUCCAUCCUGUACUUCCAGAACCCCUUCACGGGCUGGCACUGGCUGGGCACGGCCUUUGUCUUCGUGGGCACGCUGAUGUACACGGAGCUGUGGCACAGCCUGGGGCCGCUCCUGGCACGCUGCCGGGGCCAGGGCCGGCCCAAGGAGCAGUGAGAACAGGGAAUUCCCGCUGGGAGCUGUUGGUUGUGUGCCAGAGCAGAGCAGAGCAGGGAGCCCCCCAGUCCAGGGGGUGUUUUUGUACCAGGGGAGGUGUUGGCUGUGCCAAGCUACUGGGAGAAUGGGGAGCCUGCGCUGGGAAUUUGGGGAAAGGAUCAUGGAGAAACAAUCUGGGCAUUUUUUGCAAGUUGGCAUUUUUUAGGCAACCCCUUUUCCUUCCUUUUUUUUUUUUUUUUUUUUUUUUUUUCCUUCCCCAUUGGAAUAACCCUUUUUAAGGAGAAGCUGAUCCAGAGGUUUGCUGGGAGCCCAACUUCCAUGGCUGUUGGAUCAGCUGGACCCUGAGCCAGUCUGGUGCCAUCCUUUAAUUGUCCCGGUGUCUGGAGCUGAUGGCUGAGCCCCGUUCCAGUGGGAAUCCCUGAUCCCUGUGCUGGCAGGAUGUGGGACACAGCCCCAGCUGGAGCUCCCAGUCUGCCCAGGGCACCCUGGCUUUCCCCUCCCUUGGGAUCAGCUUCCUCAUGGCUUUUGUGCCAGCCUGGCACAGGCUCCUUGCCCUUCAGUGUCACCCCUGGCUGCUGUUCCUGGAGUUUCCCUGCAGUUUUCCUGGAGCAGCUCCCAUGCUGGAGCUGCUGUCCCUGCUCAGCUGGGAAUGUGGAGGGAUGAAGGAGGUUUAAUAGCAAAGGAAAAAUGACGGAAAAAAUUCCCAAAGUGAUGGAAAGGCAGCACCUCCCUGCCAGGCAUUCCCUGAGCCAAGGCCACCUUUCCAAAACUUCCUCUGUUUUUAUAAUUUGCUUGGGAUAAUCCCCAGCUUUCCAUGGCCUCAUCCCUGCUGGGAGCAGAGUGGGAAAAGGGAGAGGUUCCAUCUGUGCUGGGAGCACUGGUUUAGCCCCAGCCCCAAAUCCCAGUGUGGGAAAAGGGAAUUCCAUCCCACCCAGAGCCAGCUUGGCGCUGCCAGGACCUGCAGCUCCAUCCUCAUGUUCUGAAGGAUUUUUUUUUUUCCCAGUUCCCAUUUUUCCUGAGCCUCCUGAUUGUGGGAUCCAAGGAUUGUUGGAUCCAGGGACUGUGGGAUCCAGGGAUUGUUUUAAUCCAGGAAUUGUAGGAUCCAGGGAUUGUUUUAUCCAGGGAUUGUGGGAUCCACAGAUUGUUUUAUCCAGGGAUUGUGGGAUCCAGGGGUUUUAUCUAGGGAUUGCAGGAUUCAGGGAUUGUUUUAUCCAGGGAUUUGGGAUCCAGGGAUUGUUUAUCCAGGGAUUUGGGAUCCAGUGAUUGCUUUAUCCAGGGAUUGUGGGAUCCAGGGGUUUUAUCCAGGGAUUGCAGGAUCCAAGGAUUGUUUUAUCCAGGGAUUUGGGAUCCAGAGAUUGUUUUAUCCAGGGAUUUGGGAUCCAGAGAUGGUUUUAUCCAGGGAUUUGGGACCCAGGGGCUGAGCAGAGCUGACACGGAGCUGCUCCCAGGUGUAACAUUUGUGCAUCCUCUGGGUCCCUCCUCCUCUCCAGGACCUUGCACGUUGUCCCCAGUUCCCAUGAGACACGGGAAUUUUGGGGGAUUUGGGCACUCCUGAUUUUUGGUUUUUUACCAUGUGCUUUUCACUCCCAACACAUCAACCUGGGGUUGUUUGUUGCUGUCAGGGGCAUUUUUAAACUUCCUGGUGCGAUUGAGCGCGUUUGGAAUAUUUAUGGAGCGGCAGAGGUGCCUGGUUAGCCAAAAUUAAUUAAUUAAUUAACCCCCUCGAGGCUGGGGCUGCUGAUUGGUGUGGGGUUGAUGUCUGGGCAGAGAUCACAGCACCUAUUUUUUAGCAGAGGCUGGAGGAGGGAAGGACCCCGGCCGUUUUUGGGGUGGCUGGUGGGGUUUGGGGUGGAUUUUUUUAAAGUGAAAUAAAUAAAUCUGUGUCCUCUCCAAA